AUGCAUAGCUUAGACCACAUGGGAACGAUGCAUACUCUGAACAUAAUGAAAAAUGAAACUAAAUAUUUAGGUGGCCUCAGACUUGCUAUCAAGUUUAAAUACUCAGUCAGCGCUGAGGAAUUCCUACGUGACGAAAAAAGAUGGAGAGAUUGGUUCAAGUGGAUUGUAAGUGCGGAUCAACAUGAUUUGCAAUACGAAAGAAUAGCUUGGAUUAAAAUCCUUGGUGUCCCGUUAGCAUUAUGGGACGAAAACAACUUUUCUACCAUUGCACGACGAUUCGGCAAGGUCAUCAACCCAUUUGAUAACAUCUCAACCAGAAGAGACUACUCCAUGGGCAUGGUCGGUGUAAUAACUUCAGCGAGGAAAUGGAUCAACGAAGAAAUAACAAUUGUGGCCGAUGGUGUAGAAUAUCAAGUUGGAGUAGUCAAGUAUACAGACGAUUGGUCUCCAUUCAAACCAAUACCAUUCGACAAGGUAGAGGAAUCUGAUGAUGAAGAGGAUAUUGAAGGUGUCUCAGACACAUGGAUGGCAGUCGAAGAACAGGAAGAAGGAGAUUUUAGACCUAACGAUGAUAGUAAAAAACAGGGAGAGACGAAGUCACCGGUGGAAGUCGACGGUAACGUAAGUGCAUUUGGAAAUCCGGUUAGCACUGAGGCGGUUGGAACAAACCUUCCGGAAACGGAACCACCAAUAAUCGAGAAUUGUGUCGACAACAAUAACGUAAGCGCAUUUGGAAAUCCGGUUAGCAUUGAGGCGGUCGGAACAAACCUUCCGGCAACGGAACCACCGAUAAUUGAGAAUCGUGUCGACAACACUAAUGACAAGUUUCAUAUUCCCAAAGCGUCGGCAACGAUUGAAAUCCCCCAAAAUCAAUACAUUGGAACCCAACUUUGCAUUAAUGAGAAUAUGGAGCACAUGACACCUAUCUUGGUGGCACAUACCAGUAAACUCCCUGAUAUUGGGCCGAUUCAAAACUUAGUACCUCUUGGCUGUUUUGGCCUAUUUCCAAACAACAAAAGUUCUCCAUUCUCUUUCAAAUCAUCAUUGGCCUAA